AAACCUGGGCCGGGGAACCAGCAUCCCUCACUACCUGCACCGAGCACUCAGCCCCGAUCCAACGGAGGGAGCUGAGGCCAUGGCGCGGGGGAUGCUGGCCGGGAGCCCGCUGUGAGGACGGCAGCGGGGAGCAGAAGCGAGCGGCCGAGACCGAUGAGGACCGGCAUCCGCCCGGGACCGGCAGUCGCCCGGCUCGCUCCUCCCGUCGCCAGGGGGCGCUCGGGCUGCUGCCGCGCUGACGUCACCCAGCCGCGCCGCCGCCCGCCAGCCGGGCUGGGACCGGUUCUGGGAAAGAUGACCACUCUCACACGGCAGGACCUUAACUUUGGGCAAGUUGUUGCAGAUGUUCUUUCAGAAUUUCUGGAAGUGGCUGUUCACCUUAUCUUGUAUGUCAGAGAAGUUUACCCUAUUGGGAUCUUUCAGAAGAGGAAAAAAUACAAUGUACCCGUCCAGAUGUCCUGCCAUCCAGAGCUGAACCAGUACAUCCAGGACACGCUGCACUGUGUAAAGCCUCUGCUUGAGAAGAAUGAUGUGGAGAAAGUCGUGGUUGUAAUCCUGGACAAAGAGCACCACCCCGUGGAGAGAUUUGUCUUUGAGAUCACCCAGCCACCUCUUCUUUCCAUCAGUUCAGAGUCCCUGCUGUCCCAUGUGGAGCAGCUACUGCGUGCCUUCAUCCUGAAGAUCAGCGUCUGCGAUGCUGUGCUUGACAACAACCCCCCAGGCUGUACCUUCACAGUUCUGGUUCACACACGGGAGGCAGCCACACGGAACAUGGAGAAGAUCCAGGUGAUAAAGGAUUUCCCAUGGAUCCUCGCUGAUGAGCAAGAUGUGCACAUGCAUGACCCCCGGCUUAUUCCCCUGAAAACCAUGACAUCUGAUAUCCUAAAGAUGCAGCUGUAUGUAGAAGAGCGAGCCCACAAAGGCACCUGAUUUCAGAUCUUGCCUUCAAGCCUCACCUGAUCUUCCAGUGGAAUAAGAGAUCUCACAAAGCAUACCUUGAUACCUGCCUCUUCAGCUGGCCUGCUGGGUGAAUGUAGAGCAGCCGCUGCCUCUUGAUUUCAAGUGCUCUUACCACUGUAUAUAGAACUGACUUGGAAUGUGGAGCCAGAGCCCGUCCCCACGUGCGCUCAGGCGUGAGUACAGGUUUUGUUGGGGUGAACACCUGGGGCAGGAUCCAGGCAGCUGCAGUCAGUGCUUUGUGCAGAUCCCUGGCAAGGCAGCUCCGUUGUGCAGCAGCAGUGAGACGCAGCCAUCUGCCACCUGCUCCACCAGAGCAAUGGGCUUGAACCAGGGGUGAGCGAGGCCUUAUGUAGUGUCUGUCCACUGUGACUGUCCCAAGUAGUCUUCAAUAAACAUUCAGUUUUACCCUAGUUCAGCUGGGCUGAGUUCUGUCCAAACCAGCCCCCUCCUCAAGGGAGGAAACAUCUUCGUUUUCUGUGGAGCUUUGUGUUUCACGUGGCACUUCCACCACUUGUCCAUACCUUUUCUGGAGCACCUGCAAUCUGUCAGUUCUGUGAGAGGCUACACAGCCUGGGUCUCUCCUCUUUCCAUAGGAGGGCUUUCACCCACAGGGGGCAUUAGCAAGGAGGAGUUCAUCUGUCCAGCAAGGGGAGACUUGCCAGAGAACAGACAAGGGAGUGCUGUUAAUCCUACACCUAUUAAGAGAAACAGAGAGGCUUUGCUGUUGCUCUGUGCCUGCAGGGGUAGAAGACAUG